AUCGGGAUGACGGCCAGGUCCUUCUUUCCGCCGCUCGGAAGUUAGCGACCGACCUCCAGGAGCAGGCCAAAGAGGGUGAGAAGGCAAAAGCUGCCCUGGCCGAGAUGCAGGAGACGUCCCGUCGUCACGACCGGGAACUCAAAGAACUCCGGGCCAAGGUGCGGGCUGCUGAAUCUGCGGGUAUUAAAUUUGAUAAGGCUGUCGGAGAUCAUCUGCCCGAACCCUACACGGUCAAUACCUCUCAGAUUGCUCAGCAAUCGGUAGUGGAUUUCCAACGGGGCAAGGCGCUGAACCUCGCUCUGGAGAAUACGGCCCGACAAUUCCUAGGUCCUCACCUUGGCCAAUUUUUGCGUGAGAGCUCAGAUCCCAUCAAGGCAGGGAUCGACCUCCUGGACAGCACGCCGGAAGUAAAAUCUUUCUUGGAUGUCCUGACCGAGAAAACCGUAAAGCAAAGUCAGGACCUGCUUCUGGAUAGGAAUCUUGAACUGAUCUUAGAGCGUUUCCCCAAGCCGUUCGAUCCUGAUGAACUAGGCUUCGAUGAUCUGUUCGGGAAUACGUACGAUCGCGUCAUGGAAAAAAGAUCCAAAGCAGCGUCUGACGAUGCAGUGCAGACAGGGAGCUCUCAGCCUACGUCCUCCCCGAACGACGAUCAUCCAUUAGUGUAGCCUUUCCUUAUCUGUUGUCUUCUUUCUUGCAUAUUUGUUCUUGUAUAUUCCGGCUAGUAACGCCGAAGAAUAAACUGGACUUUUUUCCUUUGUCUGUUGUACUUUUUCUAUUCCUUUGAUUUUUUGUCCACAAUCUUUUCUACAUGGCCGAACUUCACUCGGCUCAUGUAUCUUUAUAUCUGACACCUUUUCCGAACCCGUUUUGAUCCCUUUUCCUGUUCGUGACGCACGGGUUCAAAACUCUUAGCUGAGGUGAAUUCCUCCAAGCCGUUUUGAUCGUGACCACAGGGUCAAACUCUCGGCCGGGAUAGGGGCUCCCUCCAAGCUGUUAAUACGUUCGACAUUCGGUCAUCCAGAAUGAUUUCGCGUGUUAACAAGCUGAGGUGAGACUCUCUUCAUAAUUGUUCUGACACCUUCCCGAACCCGUUUUGAUCCCUUUUCCUGUUCGUGACGCACGGGUUCAAAACUCUUAGCUGAGGCGAAUUCCUCCAAGCCGUCCGUUUUGAUCGUGACCACAGGGUCAAACUCUCGGCUGGGAUAGGGGCUCCCUCCAAACUGCUAACCCGUUCGUCAUUCGGUCAUCCAGAAUGAUUUCAUGCGUUAACAAGCUGAGGUGAGGCUCUCUCCUUCCAAACCCAUAAUUCCGAUGCAUUCCGAACUGUUUUCUCUGGCUCGUAUCAUCCAUAUUAGGGGUCUGAGGUAACCCCUUUCGAACUGUAAGCAAGAUCACUGAAGUUGGGUCAUUUCUUACUUAUAGCUAAAAGGGCGACUAGCUUCCAAGUCAAGUUUUAUGACUGAGGCGAGAUUUUUCAAAACAAUAGUUCCGAUUCCCCGGACGACAAUCCGUACCUUAUCCGAACGUCGCUCGGUUAAUCCAUAUCUUACAGUCUUGACACCAUCUCCAAGCCGUUUUGAUCCCUUUGCCCGUACGUAAUUACAGGGUCGACUUUGGCUAAGUUGACGACUCAGCUCCCUCCAAGCUGUUAACCCGUUCGUCAUUCGGUCAUCCAGAAUGAUUCUACGUGUUAACAAGCUGAGGUGAGAAUCACUGUCCUUCGAACUCCAGGCCAUUUUCAUCCUUUCAUCAAUGUGUAAUUACAGGGUCAAAACUCUUGCUGAAAUGUAUGGCUCCCUCCAAACUGCUAAUAUGUUCGUCAUUCGGUUUUCCAGAAUCGAUUCUCAUAUUAACCGCUGAGGUGAGACUAUCUGAGUGUCAAACUCCCAGUCGUUUGGCUGAGAAUGACUUUCCUUCCAUGGAAUUAACCCGUUCGUCAUUCGGUCAUCUGGAAUGAUUGAGUUAACCAUGGGCACCGAUUUUCUGAGCCUCAAUUCUUCAAGCCAUUUUUUAUCCCUUUAUUCUUACAUAAAUCUAGGGUCAAAAACUCUCUAAACUGAGAAUUGAUUUUCCUUCCAUGGAAUUAACCCGUUCGUCAUUCGGUCAUCCGGAAUGAUCGAGUUAACCAUGGGCACCGAUUUUCUGAGCCUCAAUUCUUCAAGCCGUUUUUGAUCCCUUUAUUCUUUCGUAAUUCUAGGGUCAAAAACUCUCUAAACUGAGAAUUGAUUUUCCUUCCAUGUUGUUAACCCGUUCGUCAUUCGGUUAUCCGGAAUGAUCGAGUUAACCAUGGGCUGAGUUUGUGGAAGUUAUGUCUCCCUCUCUAUUUUUUUUAGAGGUGGCAACAGCCGUUUUUACUGAUAAAAUCUCCUCAGAUGUUCUACAUUCCAGGUUCCUGCCGGUCGGCCUUCGGUAUUUUGUAGGCCAAACGUUCCUGAAGCAUACUUCUUACAUACUUGGUAGGGGCCUUCCCAAUUUUGUGCCAUUUUGCCCCCUUCGAGCGGCUUGCUUUUCUCUCUCUUUCUUAGUACCAGGUCCCCUACCUCGAUUGAACGAACUUUAACCUGCUUAUCGAAGUAUCUUCUUGUGACUCUGUGAUACUCUUCCAUUUGUGCCGCUUCCAGAUCCCUCCUUUAUUCUACGAAAUGCAAUUCGGCCCGUAAGUUAUCUUCAUUCUGUUCUGGGCUGUAAUGCACCGUUCGGUGUGUGGGAACUAGGAUCUCCGUUGGUACUUUGGCUUGAAAACCAUAGGCAAGGGCAAAUGGAGUCUCUCCCGUGGCCGUUCGGGGUGUGGUCCUGUAAGUCCACAGAAUGUAAUUCAACUGAUCAGGCCACGAUGAGGAGUAUUCUUCCAGCUUCUUGUUCAUGCCAUCCAUGAUGGUUCGGUUCAUAUUUUCUACCUGGCCAUUUCCCUGAGGGUAUGCGACGGAUGCUCUGGAAUGCUUGAUCCCCCAUUUGACCAGGUAGUUCUCAAAAUUCCGGCUCACGAACUGCCUUCCAUUGUCAGUUAUAAUCUGUUCAGGGAUUCCGAACCGGCAAAUGAUAUUUUUCCAGACAAACUUCUGGCAUUUAACAUCUGUGAUGCUGGCCAGUGGCUCGGCCUCUGCCCAUUUGGUGAAGUAAUCUAUCCCCACAAUGAUGUACUUGUUGUUUCCGGGUGCAGUAGGUAGAGGACCUAACAGGUCUAUUCCCCAUCUUGCAAAUGGAAGGGCCACCGUCAUCGGAGUGUAGAAAGUGGCAGGCCGUCCGGGAACCAGUGCGUAUAAUUGGCAUACCUUACAUUUCCUGGUAUGCGCGAAGCAGUCCUGUUGGAUAGUUGGCCAAUAAUAUCCUUGCAAGAUGAUUUUUCUGGCCAGCGUCUUGGGCCCUUGGUGACUGGAAUAGAUACCUUCAUGAAUCUCUUCCAUUACAGCUGCCGCUAGAUCGGGUGGGAGACAUUUCAGAUACGGCCCCCCAAAUGUCUUUUUGUACAGCUGCCCGUCCACCAACUCGAACAUGGAAGCCCUCCUCUGGAUGCAUUUUAUUUGAUAAGCAGGAUUUUUAUCUUGUGGGAGGGUUCCGUCAUUUAGGUAGUUGGUCAUAUCCACGACCCAGCUCGGGAUGGCAUAAGAUAUGGCCUCGAUCUGGAGAACCAUUAUUGCUGGGGUUGCCAAUGUUUCCCGAUGGGCAAAACGUUGGAUAUGAGCCGGGAUCUCCUGUGCCCGAUCGUCGAACGCUGCAUGUUCUAAUUUGGACAGGAUAUCUACUUCAGUAUUUUCGAUUCUGGAUAUCUGGUCGAGCACCACCUGUUCAAAUUUACGUAUCUGCUCCUCGACCAUUUCCUUGUAUGCCUUCAUCCUUUCUUCUUUGGCCUCAGCCGUGCCGUUCACUUGAUGUACCACCAGUUGACUGUCCGAUCUCACUUUUAACCGAUCGGCGCCCAGGGCCCUUGCAUACUUUAAACCAGCAAUGAGAGCCUCAUAUUCAGCCUCAUUGUUGGUCACCUUGAAAUCAAAAUGAAUGGAAUAAUAUGCUUUGAACCCCUCGGGCGAUGUGAUCACAACUCCAGCUCCACAACCUUUGGCACUAGAUGCUCCAUCCACAUACAUUUCCCACCAGUUAUCCAGCCCGUUGUUCUCUGAAUCUUUUUCUGAGGGCCGAGCGGUACAUUCUGCAAUGAAAUCUGCCAGGGCCUGCCCUUUGAUAGUAGGCCGGGGUUUGAAAUCUACCUCGUACUGCCCGAUCAGGAGACUCCACUUGGUAAUGCGCCCACUUGCCAUAGGAUUUCUCAAGAUGGUGGCUAAUGGCUGGGUAGUAUAUACAGUUACCGGGUGGGUCUGGAAAUACGGGGCCAGGCGUUUAAUGAUAGCUAUCAGGGCCAGUAUAUUCUUUUCUAGCAAGGUGUACCUGGUUUCCGGGCCGUUCAACGCCUUGCUCACAAAAUAGAUUGGCCGUUGAACGCCAUCUUCUUCUUUCGGCAAUACCGUGCUUACGGCCAAGUCAGCUACAGCCAGGUACAUAUACAGAUGUUCCCCCGGUUCGGGCUUUGUCAAGACCAGGGGGGAAGACAGAUAUGUCUUGAAAUCCUCAAAGGCCGUUUGGCAUUCGGCCGUCCACUCGAAAGGGUUGGCUUUCUUCAUGAUUUGGAAAAACGGGAUAGCUCGAUCGGCCAGUUUUGAUAGGAAUCUGCUCAGGGCUGCUAGCCGACCGGUCAAUCUCUGUACUUCCUUGAGAUUCCUCGGAGCCUCCAUGUCCACAAUGGCCUUUACUUUUUCUGGAUUGGGCUCAAUCCCCUUCUCGCUCAUCAUGUACCCCAAAAAUUUGCCUCCUCUUACAGCAAACGCACAUUUCUUGGUAUUCAGCCUCAUAUUCGCCCUUUGCAUUAUCCCGAACACCUUUUCUAUGUCCAGGACAUGGUUUUCCUUCUUUUUGCUCUUGAUCAGGAUGUCAUCAACGUAGGCUUCCAUUGUGACACCCAGCACAUCUUUAAACAGCAUCCCGAUCAUCCUCUGGAAGGUUGCCAUCGCGUUCUUUAAUCCGAAUGGCAUGACGAUGUAGCAGAACACGCCAUCCGAAGUAACAAACGCCGUUUUCUCUGCAUCGGCCGGGUGCAUGAAUAUCUGAUGAUAACCCCGGAAAGCAUCCAUGAAGCUCAGUAACUCGCACCCAGCAGUCUCAUCCACUAGCAGAUCGAUCCUCGGCACUAGGUAGGGAUCCAUGAGGCAUGCUUUAUUCAGAUCGGAGUAAUCCACGCACAUUCUCCAGGUAGAUUGUUUUGGGGCUAGAACCACAUUGGAUAGCCAUUCUACGUGGAUUACCGGACGGAUAUGCUUUAUCCUUAGCAAAGUGGCCACUUCCUUCUUGGUGAAUUCCCGCCGUUCGGUCGCUUGAUAUCGUUUCUUCUGUUGGACCGGUUUUGCAUCAGACCGAACGGCAAGUUUGUGGCAUAUUAUUUCUGGAUCAAUGCCGGGCAUAUCUUCUGGCCCCCGGGCAAAUAGCACCUGAAACUUUUUGAGGACGGCAAUCACGCCAUCCCGGAUAUCUGCCUCCAGAUCUACCCCGAUAGCGACCUUACGGUUCGGGGGGAAGUCGAGGUUGAUUUGUUCAAGAAGGGUGGCGGGCUCCGGGUGUGCCUCGAACUCCGUUCGGUGGGUUUCCACCUCAAUUGUAUUCACCCGCAUCCCACGAGUGUUCAUCUGUUUCAGGGCCUCCCGAUAACAUGUCCGGGCUGUUGUUGGGUCAGUUCUGGCCACCCCUACCCCAGUGUCUGUGGGGAAUUUGAUGCAUGAGUGGCGGACAGAGGCUAUUGCCUCCAGAUCUUCCAAUCCCGGUCGGCCCAAAAUGGCAUUAUGGGCGCACUUUAUAUCUACCACCACGAACGUCAUUCGGAGUGACGCUCUGUGGGUUUCAUCUCCAAUUUCAACCAUCAAUUGGAUGGUCCCUUCCGCCUCGAUGCAGUUACCGGUAAAACUUGCCAGUGGAGUCCGUAGGUGGGUCAGGUUGCUCCUUUGCAGACCCAUUUUCUCGAAUGAUUGUAGAUACAAUACAUUCACACUGCUCCCAGUAUCGACCAGCACUCGGCGGAUUAAAGCAUUGUCAAUACACAUGCUUACCACCAGUUCAUCCCUGUGGGGGCUUGGAGAGUUGGGUAGAUCAGCUGGCCCGAACGUGAUCGGGUCUGUCCUUCCUUUCUUCUGGGGGGGAGCGGAGACGGACCCCACAUAAAGACUCCGCUCGAACCUUUUCCGUUCGGUGUUCGAAUCUCCGGUCUCCCCGCCCCCCAAAUAUGACCUUGACCUCCAUUCGAGGAUUCUUUCCGGGGCCUCUCGAGCCCUCUGGCUCAUCUCUGGGAGGAACAUACACAUCAUUCUGAGGCUGGGCGUCACGUUGAGCAUCCCGGCGCCAGCUGUUAGGUUUCCUGGCCGGUUUUAACGUGCCCAUUGCAUUCGGAUCUUUGUUCACAUAUUUGCCCAGAUGGCCCCUUCGGAUCAGAUCCUCAAUUGCUGUUUGCAGGGCCCUGCAGGCAUUGGUGGUAUGACCCUUUCUGUUGUGAUAUUUACAGAAAGCAUUGUCAUCCGUUCCCAUGAACUGUCCAGAAUCAGUCGGGAUGGGAAUAUUGUCCCUCUCGUUCUGAUAGAUGGCCGCUAUUGAUAGGACCAGGGGUGUAAAUCUCCCUUGUUUGGGAGGUAAAGUGGCCGCUGGGCUAGGACCCAGCCGAUCGGCCAGUCUGAUCGGGGCAGCAGGCGUAAUGACCUUAUCCCUGAUCAUUAUUUCUUCUUCUAGGGCGGCAUGCUUGCGCGCCCUAUCUAAUACUUCGGCGUACGCCGUGCCCGGAUUCUUCUUCAAUUCUUUGUACAACUCCCCCGUUCGGAGAGCAUUCGUGAACAGGGUGAUGGCGGUAUCAUCCGUCAUGCUUCCCACUGUUAAAGUUUCAUCCCUCCACCUUUUCAGGAAUUGGUUGAGGGUCUCCUUGGCGUUUUGCUUCACGCUGGUCAGAUAGCUGAAGUGCCGUUUGGGAUUGGCACUGGAAGCAAAUUGAGCCAAGAAUAACGUUGAUAACUCGGUAAAGCUAUUGAUUGACCCGGGCUGUAGUGUCCCGAACCAUUCCUGGGCAGGCCCCCUGAGCGUGCUGAAAAACAAACGGCAAAUGGCAGCCUCGGGUGCUCCUAGCAGCAUAAGUCCGCCUUGGUAACUCCUCAGAUGUACGUGGGGAUCUCCCACCCCAUCAUAGAUUUGGCCGGUCGGGGGCUUGGCACCCCCUUGGAUAUCCGCGUACAUGAGCUCCCUAGUAAACGGGGAAGUAAUCCUCAGUUGGACUGGUGCAGGUUGUACAGGUACCCUGUUCAUCUGGUCCCGCAUUUCAUUCAUUUGCCUCCUCAUCUCGGCCAUCUCUUCCUCCUGGGCCGUCAAAGGGGGCGGUGGUGGAACCCUCAUAUCCGCACAGUCCCGGUCCCAAUGCCGCUGAGGGGCCCUAGUAUUUUCCCGCUCGGCAUACUGGAAAUGAUGACCGACGGGAGUUGGUCCUCUAGCUUGCGACCCGACCGGGGUUCGGUCACUGGGACUGGGAUGCGCUGCUGGUGGGGCGCUACGUCGAUUAUCCCGAUGGGUAUGUGAGCGGGAUGACGCUGUGGCUGUUUCCGCGCGUGGAGUUUCUCUUGUAAAGCUGGAACCUCCUUCUUCUUCGUUUGCCAUGUGCUGCAUGAAUUGGGCCAUGUCACGCAUGGCCUGGGGAUUUCUCCUCAGAGAUUCGGGGAUCACAAAAUCCCCAUUAACACGAGGAUAGGAUCCUCGACUGGAUUGUCCCUGGGGGUUUUGACUCCCCGAGGUGUGACUCCUCCCGUGACGGUGUGAACCGUCGUUUGUAUGAUAGGAAUUGAUUCUGACCAUUUUUAGAAAUAGAGGUUUUUUGGAUGUUUAGAAAGUGAAACUUUUUACAAGUUUCCCACAGACGGCGCCAAUGUUGAGGGUAAGUCCCGUAGAUCCGAAAGCCCAACACGAACUUUGGAUAUAUCAGGAAUGGCCCAGAAUCAAGGUGUACGAGAAAAUAUAAGAUCUGAACUAACUAAAACUCGAAAGCUCACUUGUAUUAAUUAACCAAUCUGAUUACAAGGGAUUUCCUGAUCGAUAAGUCGGAAACUAUGCCUUAAUACAAGAAAUAAGAGCAAAUGAUGUUAUUUUAGAGCUUGAGUAUUGAAAUGCUAACCCUUACAAUGACUUGAAACCUUCUAUUUAUACUAAUGGAGAGCAUGGGCUGCCUCUUGCUGAUUGGCCGUUGUUCCACCGACUUGGUCAUCCAUGCUUCCACUUGCUGAUGUCAUAGUCUGGCUGGCAUUAACUGCACCUGGCCACUUGCUGGUUGGCCGUUGCUCGAACGGGAUGUUGGUCCGUACAGAAGAUGCUGUCAAAUUGGCCCAAGUAUGAUAUAUACUCCGAACCUCGUUCGGUAUGUCUUCUUAUUGGGCCAACCUUUAUUUGGGCCGAACCCCGUUCGGUAUGUCUCCUUACUGGAUCUUUUCAUCAUGGAGUGAUAGGCCUGUUACUUGGGCCGGAUACCUUGAGCCUUCCCGAUCUGGGUAUUGGGCCUCUAGGUCAAUAUCCCAACAAACCUGAAACCCGAAACCCCGAACCCCAAACCGGAAACCUGAAACCCCAAACCUUAAACCCGAAACCCCAAACCCGAAAUCAGAAACCCGAAACUCGAAACCCCAAACCCCAAACCCCAAACCCGAAACCCCAAACCCUAGCCCGAAACCCGAAUCCCCAUACCUGAAACCCGAAAUCCGAAAUCCGAAACCCCAAUCCCCAAACCCCAAACCCCAAACCCGAAACCCCAAACCCCAAACCUCAAACCCCAAACCCCAAACCCGAAACCCCAAACCCCAAAUCCAAUACCCCAAACCCCAAACCCGAAACCCCAAACCCCAAACCGGAAACCCCAAACUCGAAACCCCAAACCACAAAACCAAAACCUGAAACCCGCAACCCGCAACCCGCUAUCCGCAACCGAGAUCCGGAAACCCGAAACCCGAAACCCGAAACGCGAAACCCGAAACCUGCAACCCGCAACCCACAAACCCGAAAUCCAAAACCCCAAACCCAAAACCCCGAAACUCGAACCCCGAAACCUGUAUCCUGAAACCUGAAACCCAAAAGCCGAAACCCAAAAUCGGAAACCCGAAACCCAAACCCGAAACCCAAAACCCCAAACCCCAAAAUGAACUAUCUCGUAUUUACGUAUAAGAUGAGUUCACAAACACUAAAUGGUGAAAUAAUAGAUGAAAGCAUUUAGUGGGAAAUAAAAAAGAAAUGAAAUUUAAUUUUAGGAAAACACUCAUAAUUUUGAACAAUUCAAAAAGUAAAGUGUAUAUGUUACUCCCUCCGUCCCCCUAAUAUUGUUACGGAAGGGAGGCACACAAAUGUUACCAAUUAUGGUAUGAGACAAUAAUAAAGGGACAUCCCAAAAUGAAAAAAUGGAACAAUUAUAGAGUACUAAACAGAACAAAUGGAGUAUUGAGAUUCAUAAAAAAAAGUUGAGAGAGACAAGUUAAACACACGUUAUCCCUUGUACGUAUAUGGACGAAUCUAUAAAACGGGAUAACAACUUCAUAUCCUUACAAGCAUCCACAUACUCAAAAAAAUGUACAUAUAACUAUAUAAAGCACUCUUUGUUCAUUAAUUUCCAAGCUAAGUACUAUAUACGUAGUAAUAGCUAUAUAUUGAGCAAUUAAAAAUGGAUGACAACUCAAGAAAGCAAAUCUCUAAUGAAGUUCACUCCAAUGAAGCUCAUAGGAAGCCGAGCAAAUACGUGAUGGUUCAUUUUAAAGGUGGCGGGAGGAGGAACUUCACCCGGCUCUACCCUCACAUAGAUGGCUCAGAUAGGUACUUGGUGACCACCGAAAGGGUGGUUCGGGUCAUCAGAUCCGAACCACCCGAAAUUAACCGGCCGUCAGCUCCUGCUCCGCUUCGGGAGGACGUUGAUGACGAGAGCCUCGAGACGGUAAAAAAGUUCUACGACCAAUUCGGUUGGGAACAAGACGAAUGCCGACAGCCAAAACCCGCGGCCAUUACAAAUGUGCCGCCGCCAGCGGCUAAACCCGCCGCCGCUGCCGCUCAGCCCACCCCGAGCAGUGAUCCUGUCGCAUGAAGACCGAGAAAGCCACUGCUGAGCGAUGGAUGGCAGAAGAGAUAUCCGAAACCGACGGACGAGCCAAUCAUUACCCCGAAAGAGGAUGAUGCUGAUUAUGUGGUGGCUAAGCUAAUGGAGGAGUUUAAUAAGCAAAGGGGCAACGGGUUUAUUAGCUAUAUUAGAGAGAUGAUCUCUAACCCUAACCCUAACCCUCCUCCCCAAGAAAUGGUGAGGUACUACAAGCAAGAUGUGUCAACUGGUUCGUGGAGUAGUCAACGGAAGCCUCCCGUCAUAAUGGACAUCAAUCGGGCUCUAACUAAGUUCGCUGGUGCCUACAUGGAAUCCGAUUAUAUAUGAUGGAUUUAAACUAAGCUUAAUUUCUAAUUUGAAGUUUUACUUAAAAUCCCGCUGGAUCAGAGUGUUUAGCGUGAAAGAAUGUAACUAGCUAGACGCCCAUAUGUGUUUGUAGCAUAUGUGCAAGUAUUAUCACCUAGAUAAAUCCACCCUAAGGUUACUUAGGAAGUUGUGAUGAAUGUAUGAUGACUUUAUCAAAUAAAAAGUAACAAUGCAUGUGUGAUAGUAAAAAGUAGUUGAAAAUUAAACUUGUUUCUAUUUUAAUAUUUUGGGCCUAAUUAAGAUGUAUUUAAAUUGUUGAUGGAAAUGUUCAAUUAGUUGAAAAUGUAGAAGGAAUGAAUUCUAGAAUAUCUCUAGAAGAUGUGGUCUCUACUACGUAGAAUUCUCCUACAAUUAAUUGUGUGGAAUUGUGUAGAAUGCAUUAAUGGUAGAAGAGUCUAGAUACUUUUGUAUUAGUAUAAUUAGAGCUUCCCUACCAUCAUUUUGUAUCAAACAAUCAAACCAAUUUGAAUUGAUCCAAUAAAAAGAGUUCUUACUCUUUGUUCAAAUAUCUCUUCCAUAAUAUUUCUCAUUUAGCCUUCUAAUUUCCCAAAUCUCUCUUCACUUAUUUUAAACAAUAAUAAAAAUUUAUGUCUAUCAAACACACACAUAGAUAAGAAUUAAUUACUCAAAUAUUUUCUCCAAGUGUUGUUUUCAAGUUACCAAAGAAAUAUUGCUAUAACCCCAAUUGCGUCUGUUUUAGUGUUUCAUGCAUGUGCUUGUAUUCUGCUUUUGGUUUGGGGGAAUUGUAACUUCAUUAUAAAC